AAAGAAAAGAAAAUGCUGAGAAAGUUCAUAAUGUAAAGUAACCUUUAUCUUCGCCCGUCAUGAAAUGUCAAAGUCCAUGAAUCACAUAUGUCAUUGCACGGCAACAUUCAAAACGUUUCAUCGAGUUUGUUUGUGUAUCACCACAGAGUGAGAGAUUUUUUUGCAAAGAAAAUAAGAACGAAUUCUCAAUCGAACGCAUCAAAAUGAUUGAAAUCACCUGCAACGAUCGUUUGGGCAAAAAAGUUCGUGUUAAGUGCAAUCCAGACGACACGAUUGGAGAUCUGAAGAAAUUGAUAGCAGCUCAAAUUGGCACACACUACGACAAAAUCAUCCUGAAGAAAUGGUACCGCAUCUUCAACGACAAUGUUACAUUGGCCGACUACGAAAUCCAUGACGGCAUGAAUUUGGAGUUGUAUUAUCAAUAAGCAUUUGAAACACCAUCCUCAUCAUUCUUCUAAUUAAACUUUAAUCGUCGAAUAAAAUUUUAUAACAAAUUCAAACUAAA